GAUAAGUGUAAACAAAUCGUCGCGCGGAACGACACACCCAAACCUAUAGUCAUUCCCAGAAACACCCUUAUGGGUCCUUAGAGAAUCUCCUAGGUUAGAUACUUCACAAUACAACAAUCAUCAUCCAGAAUAGGAACCAUGCUACAAAGAUGCUGCCAGUUUUCGAGAUCCCAGAGGAAGAAGCUAUAGAAGCACUGCGAAUAUAUGGUUCUGGAAAAUGGGGUUUUGGCACCCUACCAACCCAAAUCGAGUACCUGCUAGAGAUCACCGCCUUGAUAUGGCUAGGAAGAACGGAACCCCGACAUUUACCGGAGUUCAAGAUAGACUACUAUAAAGCCCUAGCAGAAGCCCAAUCGUCUCUGAAGAAAACCAGACAACAAAACGCCAAGAAGGCCAGGGAAGCCAAGGCGAAGAAGACAGCAUCGAGUCAGGAUGAAUUUAAUAGGCAACUUGAGCAAUUAAGGUCCAAGCCUAAAGAAGUUGUUGGUUAAGUUAAGAGCUGUGCGCAACGGGUUGAGGCUAGAUCGAAGAUGUGAGCUAAGUGUCGGGAUUUUAGAUGACAUCUAGGACAAAGAACAUAUUCAGUUUCAGUAUGUAUAGCCACAGGCUCCCAUGGUUAGAUU